GCUUCCGCCUUCGCUACGGAAAGCCAGCGGGCGGGUGGCGACGGGCCGCGCGAAGGGACACGCUACACCACAACGCGGUUUUGCGGCUCCGCGGAGGGUGAGCGCUAGGGCAGGCGGCGCGCGCGCCCGCGCCCCCCCCCGCCCCGGUCGGGCGGCCGUUACGGCCGUUGCGCCAGCGCGGGGCUCCCGCCCGCCGGGCUAGGGCCGGAGCCUGGGCCGGGCGUUUGGGCCUCCCUGGCAGCUGACCGGAGCAGGAAGGAGCUGGGGCGUUUCUGCCGUUAUAAAGGUGCUGUCGCCCCUGCCUGGCGGUGCGCGGAGUUCGUUGUAGGUGUCGCCCCGCGUGGGUGCGGGAGUUCUCAUACGGCGAGCUUGCCUGCGGAAGAACAGCAGCAGAGCAUUCAGUAUGGCUUCUCCAACUUUACUCAUGCGAGUGGUGGCUUCUGCAUAUUCUGUUGCAGAAAAAGCUGCAAGAAUUGUUAGAAAUGUAAUGUCUACCGGAGAUCUAGGGGUAGUGGAAAAGAGUGGAGCCAAUGACUUACAGACCAAAGCUGAUCGACUGGUACAAAUGAGCAUUUGUGCUUCGCUGGCACGGAAGUUCCCCAAAGUGACAAUCAUAGGAGAAGAGGAACUACCCCCUCAUGAUGUAGCUGAGGAAUUGAUUGAAGAUGGCCAUUGUGAAGAAAUACUGAAGAAAACUUGUCCUCCUCAGUACACAGGAAUUAAAGAGGAAGAGCUUGUAAUAUGGGUUGAUCCUCUGGAUGGGACCAAAGAGUACACUGAAGGUCUCCUUGACCAUGUAACAGUUCUUAUUGGAAUUGCUUAUGGAGGCAAAGCAAUAGCAGGAGUUAUUAACCAGCCAUAUUACAACUAUGAGGCAGGAGCUGAUGCUGUACUGGGUAGGACAAUCUGGGGAGUGCUGGGUAUAGGUGCUUUUGGAUUUGAGCUCAAAGAAGCACCUGCUGGGAAACACAUCAUUGUUACCACCCGUUCUCACAGCAGUACCCUGGUAAAUGACUGCAUUAGUGCCCUGAACCCAGACAGUGUCAUCAGAGUGGGAGGAGCAGGAAACAAGAUCAUCCAGCUUAUAGAAGGCAAAGCAUCUGCUUAUGUAUUUGCCAGUCCUGGGUGCAAGAAAUGGGAUACAUGUGCACCUGAAGCUAUUUUACAUGCUGUGGGAGGCAAGAUAACUGAUAUCCAUGGAAAUUCAUUUCAUUAUUACAAGGAAGUGAAACACAUGAAUUCAGCUGGGGUUCUUGCCACUUUGAGGAACUAUGAUUAUUACGCAGGUCGUAUUCCUAACACUGUUAAACAAUCUCUUGUGCCUUAAAGCCAGAGAGGGUCUUCACUUGUCCUGGAAAGCUGAUAAAGCAAUCUUAGAGGAAAAAGAAGAAAGAAGAUACUGAGCUUGAAACUUCUUUUUAUAGAAUCUGAGCCUAAUUCUUACAUUAGACUGUUUAAUAAUUUCAAAAUUACAUACAUGCUAUCUAGGUAUACUGUUGGAUCAAUUCAUUUAGUUGUGUUUAGCAGGUAUAUUGUAAUGAUUAUAUUUUUCUUCAAUAGCUGUUUUCCAUUUUUUUUAGAAGCGGAAUAUCAUUCUUCAUGUGAUAUGAUUUUUGGAUGGUAGCAUUAUGAUUAGCAAUGGAUUCAGCACAAUCAUCGAAAUAUUAAGGGCACAAAAUCAUGUUAAGUCAUUUACCUGAUUUUUGCUUAAUGGUUGUUGUUGCUGUAUGUAGUGAAUAAGGGUUGUGUUAAAUGCAAAUGGACUGAGAAUUUGUCUUAAUGGAUUAGCCCUUUAUUAUAAACUUGAUAGUUUUAAUUCUUAGAA